AUGAUCAAAAUAAGGGACAAAACUUUUGCUUUAUUUAAAGGCUCUGAUACUGUGAGUGUAGUUAUUCAAACAGUUUCUGAUAUUGAUGAAAUUGAAAUAAAAGAAUCAUUUAAAUCUUGUUUUAAGGUAUUUAUAAUGUAGAUUUUAGCUUGCUUGAUAAAAGAAAGAACAAUUUUAAGCUCAUUGGAUCUAUUAGAUAUACAGCUUUAGAGAGUCGAAAAACAGGGUCUUGGCUCUCUGGUUUACUAUUCUAUGUUAGAAUUUAUUGCCCUAAAUAUUCUAUUAGUAGCUUGCGGCUUGGUCUUCUGAAAACAUAUUUUAUACCAAAUUUUAAUUUAACAAACCAACACAUUAUUAGUUUGCUGAAUCUGGUCGGGAUAUGAAAUUCAAUUUCCAUACAAGAAAAAAUGUCAACAGAUUUUAAAAUACAUUUUCUGAUACAGAAGCUCUAAGAUUUCAAGAGGCAUCUAUCUCUCUGUUUGCAUGCUGUGCUUGCAUGCUGAGUUUGCCUACUUAAUUUAAACUUCUGGAUUUUCCUGCUGGGCUUGCAGAUGAGCUACCUGCUAAGGAUAAAGGAUUUUUUUUUGAUUAAGCAGGCAGGAUGGAUUUUAACAAAGAUUGAAAGGGGUGACAUGCCGACAAAGCGAUAGAUGCUACUUGAAGUGUUAGAGCUUCUGUAUUGAUAUCAUCUAAAAUCUCCAGUAGAAUUCUGACUUAUAGAUGUUUUAUAUAAAAAUGGACUAAACUGGAGAAAUAGGACAUGAACUGAAAAUAUACAAAUUCAAUGGAGUGACAUGCCGACAAAGAGAUAGAUGCCUCUUGAUAUGACAGAGCUUCUGUAUCGAUUUCAUCUAAAAUCUUCAGUAGAAUUUGGAUUUAGAUGAUUUAUGGAUAAUUCAUAAAACAAUGGACUGACCUGGAGAAAUAGGACAUGAACUGAAAAUAUAAAAAUUCAAUGGGGUGACAUGCCGACAAAGGCCGUCGAAGACGUGGACAUUUGCCCUAGAAGCACCUUGGAGAUCGAAGCGAGUCUGUCCCCAGCGGACUGGUGGGCCCGAUGCGACGAAAGGCGAGUGAUAAACCUGGGGUCGUAACCCCGUAGUGGACGUUAAGCGAUAUAAAUACCAUAAGAUAAGACAUACCGACAAAGAGAUAAAUGCUACUUGAAGUGUUAGAGCUUCUGUAUCGAUUUCAUCUAAAAUCUCUCCAAUAGAAUUCUGACUUAUAGAUGAUUCAUAAAAAAAUGGACUGAACUGGAGAAGUAGGACAUGAACUGAAAUAUACAAAUUCAAUGGGGUGACAUGCCGACAAAGAGAUAGAUGCUCUUGAAGUCUUAGAGCUUCUGUAUUAUAUCAUCUAAAAUCUCAAGUAGAAUGCAGACUUAUGGAUUAUGCAUUAAAAAUGAAUUGAACUGGAAAAAUAGGACAUGAACUAAAAAAUACGAAUUCGAUGGGGUGACAUGCCGACACAGAGAGAUAGAUGCCUCUUGAAGUCUUAGAGCUUCUUUAUUGAUAUCAUCUAAAAUCUCCAGUAGAAUGCUCAGUAAUUCUUUUUCUAAUAUAGGACCAAGAUUAAUAGAAAAUUAAAAUUAAUUUAGGGACUUAAAAAAGGAUAUCAGAAAAUGUAUUUUAAAAUCUGUAGACAUUUUUUCUUGUAUGGAAAUUGAAUUUCAUAUCCCGACCAGAUUCAGCAAACUAAUAAUGUGUUGGUUUGUUAAAUUAAAUUUGGUAUAAAAUAUGUUUUCAGAAGACCAAGCCGCAAGCUACUAAUAGAAUAUUUAGGGCAAUAAAUUCUAAACAUAGAAUAGUAAACCAGAGAGCCAAGACCCUGUUUUUCGACUCUCAAAAACUGUAUACAGAUUUGUGAGUUAUUUCAGCUUUUAACAACUUGAAAAAUCAUGUGUUAAACAUAGGGACUCCAUCAAUUAAAGCUAUUUUAUCUGGAAUUGAUUUAGCCACACUUGUUUUGAGAUCUGCCUUAGCAUACACAUUUUAA